CAGCUGUUAGAGCAAAAUAAACUAAGUGGCAACUCGCUGCCGUUAUUAUAUUUAAUACCUGCGUACCUGUCAAAUUCAAACGCACAAUCUUAUCAAAAUGCGCGUAACUUUGAGUCGGUUGGCUAGUUUUUCGGCAAAAUUGAAGGAAGUGCGUAUUAUUCUGGAUCCCAACGAUAAGGCCUCCAAAGGCGCCAGGAAAUAUGUUGAAAGGUUCUAUCCCAAUCUUAAAAAGAGCAAUCCUAAUCUACCUAUUUUGGUAAGAGAGUGUGCUGGCGUAAAACCAAAACUCUGGGCUCGCUAUGAAAAUGGCCAGGAAGUUUCAAUUCCACUAUCAAAUCAACCAGCUCCAGACAUACAAAAACAAUUGGAGGCGGUGGGCAAAUGAUGCAGUGCGGCAGCAAUAAUAUUAUCUAAAUUAUUGAGGUAUAGACCAAAUAAAAACAAAUAGGUUUUAAACUUUGUCUUGUAUUUUAUGUUGUAUACUUGCAGUAAGUACAUUGUGUAUAUUAUUUGUUUUGUUUAAUUUAGUAAUGACAUUUAGCGACAUUAGGUACACAUGA